CUCUCGCUCGGAAAUGUUUGAGUUUAGGUUCAGGUUGAAAGACGUUAAAUACGACCACGUUCCGCGGAAACAUCUCUCAAAUCAGCUGAUGACGUAACAAACGACUAGCGUAUACAUAUAAUAUAUAUAUACCAACAUAUAUGUACUUUAAUUCUCAUUGUGUCGUAGGCAAAUCAGUGUGUUAAUGUUUAAUACCAGAGUUUAUUUUACAAUCGAGAGACAUAAACUAAUAAGUGGGAGAAAAUAAAAUAUGGCGUAAUUAUUUUUUCGAUCGGUUGCAAAAACGUGGAAGCUUCAAAGUUGAUUAAUUAGAAGGACACAAAAAGGUUAACAAGAUGAGUGUCGAUGCGUAUGGACCCAGCAGCCAAACUCUUACAUUUUUGGACACCGAAGAGGCGGAUUUAAUUGGAGCUGACACUCAGGGAAGUGAAUUUGACUUCACUGAUUUCACGUUACCGUCGCCGAGUCAGACCCAAGCUUCCCAACAUGACUCUGCCCAGAGCCAACCGAACCAAUCGGUCCAGAUCAAUGGAACGAACGGAAGUUCAGCAUUGGAUUUAAAAAUAUCCGGUGCAGCUCAGAACCUCGCGGAGUUACAAUUUGAAGAGGAAGAAGAGGAGGCUUAUUACAACCGCGAUUUACCAGAGCACGCAUGUAAAUACUGUGGCAUACAUGAAGCAUCAUGUGUUGUUAUGUGCAAUGUCUGCAGAAAGUGGUUCUGCAAUGGACGGGGUAACACAUCUGGCUCCCAUAUUAUUAAUCAUCUUGUGCGCGCCAAGCACAAGGAAGUUACAUUACACAGAGAUGGGCCAUUGGGUGAAACAGUUCUGGAAUGCUACUCAUGUGCCGUGAGGAAUGUAUUUGUCCUUGGAUUCAUACCAGCCAAAGCUGACUCUGUUGUUGUUUUGCUCUGCCGACAACCAUGUGCUGCUCAAAGUUCGCUGAAAGAUAUGAACUGGGAUCAAGAGCAAUGGAAACCGUUGAUUGAAGACCGUAGUUUUUUAUCAUGGCUCGUAAAAAUUCCAUCCGAGCAGGAGCAAUUACGUGCACGGCAGAUAUCCGCCCAGCAGAUAAACAAACUCGAGGAAUUAUGGCGCGAUAAUGUGGACGCUACUUUCCAAGACCUCGAGAAGCCUGGAGUAGACGAGGAGCCGCAGCAGGUGCUGCUGCGCUACGAAGACGGCUACCAGUAUCAGAAUAUUUUCGGACCGCUGGUGAAACUCGAGGCGGACUACGACAAGCGGCUCAAAGAGUCACAGACCCAAGAGAACAUCGAAGUCCGCUGGGACGUGGGGCUCAACAAGAAGACCAUCGCCUACUUUAUGUUGGCUAAAACCGACGGGGACAUGAAGCUGAUGCACGGCGACGAGCUCCGGCUGCGUUAUCUCGGUGAGCUGCACAAACCCUGGUCAGGUAUCGGGCACGUCAUCAAAAUACCCGACAAUUACGGCGAAGAAGUUGGGAUUGAAUUGAAAAAUAAUUCCGGCGCACCGACAGAAUGCGUAAGUAAUUUUGUCGUUGACUUUAUAUGGAAGAGUACCAGCUUCGAUCGUAUGCAAUUGGCGCUGCGUAAGUUUGCCGUUGACGACACGUCUGUGUCCGCAUAUAUUUACCACCGUCUACUGGGCCAUGAAGUCGAGGAAGUCUUGUUCCGUUGCCACUUACCCAAACACUUCAGUGCUCCAAAUUUACCUGAUCUGAAUCGUUCCCAAGUCUACGCUGUCAAACACGCAGUACAGCGACCCCUGUCUUUGAUCCAAGGACCCCCCGGUACCGGGAAAACGGUCACCAGUGCAACGAUUGUCUACCAAUUGGUGAAACAAAACGGUGGUCCUGUUCUGGUAUGCGCGCCAUCCAACACAGCAGUGGAUCAACUGACAGAAAAAAUCCACAAAUCAAAUCUCAAAGUCGUGCGUCUCUGUGCCAAGUCUCGGGAGGCUAUCGAUUCGCCCGUGAGUUUUCUGGCUCUGCACAACCAAAUAAAAAACAUGGAAACCAACACCGAGUUACAGAAAUUACAGCAACUGAAAGAUGAAACUGGAGAAUUGUCGUCAGCAGAUGAAAAACGUUACCGUUUAUUAAAAAAAGCCGCUGAAAAAGAGUUACUUGAAGCCGCUGACGUGAUCUGCUGUACCUGCGUGGGUGCAGGUGAUCCGCGGUUGCAUCGCUUGAAGUUCCACUCGAUACUCAUUGACGAGAGUAUGCAAGCUACCGAACCCGAGUGCAUGGUACCAGUAGUCUUGGGGGCCAAACAGCUGAUAUUAGUUGGAGAUCAUUGUCAACUAGGUCCAGUAGUGAUGUGUAAGAAGGCAGCACGCGCUGGUUUAUCCCAAUCUCUAUUCGAACGUCUAGUCGUGUUGGGCAUCCGUCCAUUCAGACUCGAAGUUCAGUAUCGUAUGCACCCAGACUUGUCGCGUUUCCCAUCAAAUUUCUUCUACGAAGGCUCUCUGCAGAACGGCGUGUGCGCUGACGAACGUAAACUCCUGAAAAUAGAUUUCCCAUGGCCUGUACCCGACAAGCCCAUGUUCUUCUACGUGACUCAGGGUCAAGAAGAGAUCGCCGGAAGCGGUACCUCGUAUCUUAACCGCACAGAAGCUUCUAAUGUUGAAAAAAUAACCACGAGAUUUUUGCGCUGCGGCGUGAAACCCGAGCAGAUCGGUGUCAUUACGCCCUACGAAGGACAGCGCGCUUACUUGGUACAGUACAUGCAGUACCAGGGCUCAUUGCACUCAAAGCUCUACCAAGAAAUAGAAGUAGCCAGCGUUGACGCGUUUCAAGGACGUGAGAAAGACAUCAUCAUAAUGUCCUGCGUCCGCUCAAACGAGCACCAGGGCAUCGGUUUUCUGAAUGACCCGCGUCGUUUGAACGUCGCGCUGACCCGUGCCAAGUACGGAAUCAUAAUUGUCGGCAACCCGAAAGUUCUGUCAAAGCAGCCGCUGUGGAACCACCUGCUGAACUUUUACAAAGAGCAGAAGGUCCUGGUAGAAGGGCCCUUGAAUAAUUUAAAAGAGUCAAUGAUCCAGUUCGCUAAACCAAAGAAAUUAAUAAACUCAGCGAAUCCCGGGUCGCACUUUAUGUCGACCUCGAUGUACGACGCGCGCGAAGCUCUGAUACCUGGCUCCGUUUACGACAGAUCUGGCGGCGGGCAAAUAAAUGGAGCUGCGCAGUCACACAAUCCUUACUACCAACGCAACAUACCCUUGGAUAUGUUCAGCAGAACCCACGAUACCAUAAGUUACAUAAGUCCCGAGCGGGCGCAAGCUGCUAUGAACAACGUCCCCGUGCCAGUGGGAAUGUUCAUGAACAUGGCCCACGUGCCCCCUCGAUUUUACAAUCAACAUCAGCAGGCACUGCAGGCAAGACAGAACCAGCAGCGCAACCGCCGCACGGGGAUUAAAAAAAUGGGCGUUGGCAGCAGCGUCGGACCACGUAUGGGCAAGUUCAGCCAAAGUGACAUCAACACCCAGCCCUACAGCAGCCAAGGACCUGCUGGUCUGCCACUCACUCAAGGAACGACCCAAGGAAUGUCGCAGCCCGGCUUCAGUCUUUCUCAGCCCGGUCUGUCCCAGGCUGAACUAUCCCAGGACUCAUUCGCUGUCGGCGACUUCCAGUCACAGAUGGACGGUCUGCUGAGUCAGGACUCGACUUAUCAGGGCGACAGGAGUGGAUUCUAUCAGGGACAAUCACAACCAAGUGGACAAUUCUCACAGCCGUACUGAACGCUGGUAUUGAUGGGGUGGGAAUGUACGCAUUUACGCCAUGCUGUUGUCGCGGGAGCGACUUUGAAUAAAAAGCUCAUUUCAUAAUGAUCUGUGUAAUUAUGGUGGAGUUAUUAUGAUGAUGAUGAUGAUGAUUAUGGUGACGAUGAUACAUUCUUCAACAACAGGGGACGUUAAAUUACGCUGAGAUACGGAUUAUUCUGGCUCUUUAUCUGGAUGAUAAUUUGAAUUUGUUAAUAACGGGGUUUUUAUUGAUGAAAUGGAUUUACCGAUGGAUUUUAUUGAUUAAGAGCCAAUACCGUAAGCGAUAAUUCAAUUUAAAAUAUAUUAUUAAAUAUAUUUUAUCACAUCGAGGAUAAAUAAUGAAGAUUUAAUUGAUUAUCGGAGGACACUUGGUCAGUAAUUGAGAUUAAGAUUUUUUAUGGAAUGCUCGAGACAGCAAGUGGUCGUGUGCUGAUCAAGAUAUCAAAGAUUAUUGUUAUUACUUUUUUUUUUCAAGAUGAUGAUGAGAAGAUAAAGGGAAUUAAGGAUUUUAUUGAUUAAAAUGAUUUUUUUUUGUGAUUUUAUUCUGAAAAAUUUAUUACUAAAGUCCAUAGAUAUUUAAAUUUAUGAUAAUAUAAAUAAAUAACUAAUGUUAAUGAUAUAAAGAUCAAAAAGUCCUUGAUAAACUUUAAGAAAAAUAAAACGGCGAAGAUUUUCAUUAAUUAAAAAUAAAUAAAAUAAUUUUUGAAAAUGCACCGACCCAAAAUCCUUCGAUUAAUCGUUAAAAUAUAACAUCGUUAGUUUUGUUUUAUUAUUAUUAAUUAAUUCAUUCAUUAAUUAAAUAACUAUUAUUCUUAUUAUUAUAGAUAAUAUUAAUUAUAAUCAAUUUUCUUUAUUUUUUUGUUAAAUUCGUUAAUUAUAAUUUGAAAUAAUGCGACGUGAGAAAUGCGCUUCCGUUUAAAUUUUUAUUUUUUUUUUCGACCAAAAUUAAAUGACAAA